UAGUGAGUCGACUCAUCGAUUCAUCUGAUACACUGAACAGAUCCGUUAAUUCCUUCAUCAAACAAGUCGUUUAGGCAAACGUUUGAGAAAAAUUGUAAAGAAAUAUGAGUACAGAUGUUAAUGAUGUGAGUCUGGAUUCUCUAUAUCAGCAGAUUUUGUUAGCUGAACAACAAACAUCCGAAAACACAGGAAAGCUCCAUGAAGUAAAAUCAUCCAUCAUUAAGGCUGAGAAGGAAAUCAAGUCCUUCACCGAGAAGCUGGAGCGUGCGUAUACUGAACUGGAUGAGAAGGCUCAGCUGGAGUCUGAAAUUUUGCUGCAGCUCAAACUGAACAAGAGACAACAGGAAGAAAUGGAGAAGAAAAAGACGGACUUGCUCGAGCAACAGAAUGGGCUCAGAGAGGAGAUGGAGCGAAUAAAAAGAGAGGUAGCAGAGGAGAAAGAGAAGUUUGUGAACACGAUCAGAACCUUCAACAGCGACUUUAACCUGCUGAAAAACAGGGACCUUGUCUUCCGCCACCAGACCAAAUCUGAAAUACAGACUCUCCAGUCGGAAUCUGAGGCACUAAGCAAAGAGAUCGAGAGGCUGAAGCAAGAAAAGACGCAGCUGAUCACCUUGCAAACCGAGCAACAGUCUUUAAGUGCAGAGCUUCAGGGGCUUCACUCACAACUAGCAGAUGUGGAGAGGGAGCUGGAGGAGGCAGUGGCACACACUGAGUCACUGAAGAUCGAAAGGGAAACCGCCAUUCAGAAACCUCAGACAGACAGCACCUGCCUCAGGCUGAAGAAAGAUCUAGAAGCACAUAAGGAGCUGGAGAUGCUGCAUGCGACCCUCAGCACAGAAAUCCACGUCUUGCUUUCGGAAUUAUCACAGAAGCCGAAGGUGUGACGAGCCUCUCAGGUCGCUUUUGUUCAGCAGUUACCCCAGUUUGACGUUCAUGGACAACGUGUUCUGUUUCAUGGUUUGUUUUUUUGCGUUCACAAAACGAUCCACAAAGCCCUAGAGUUUACACGUUUCUGUCAGGAAUCGGUCUCCGCUCAUUCCACUAAACUGCGCAAUGCUGCCCUCUACUGCACAAAGCUGUCAACGACAAGCCCAAAUACAGUCCACUUCCUGCCUGUUGUGGCCUUGAUUGUAUGGCAGAAAAUCCAGCGGUCACAGUGAUGAGGUCUUUAAUUAGUGCAGAUUACAGAUCAUUUGUUUUAAUGAUUAUUAGAUUUAUUAGUAUUAUUUUAUUUACAGCCAGCUGUAGUCCAUACUUUAGGUUGAGAUUUCACACACACACUGAAGAUGCAGUGUAUGAGAUUUUUUUUUUUGUUCAUCAGCUGCCAUCUAGUGGCCAUUUACUGACAGUACAUUGAAUAAAUAAGCAUUACAGAGA